UUUUGAACCAAAACAGCAGGUGUAUCCUGGUGAUGACUUACACAAUAUACAUGUAGCUAGGCCUUUGCGUUAGUUUCUGUGGUUAGUUCAGUCAUAAAGGUCCACUUAAUCAAGUGUUUCGAUAGCUAUAGCUAAUUGCAUGUUGUUUAGUUUUAGUUAAACUGCACGGACAUGGGGGAAAGUCAAGAGGAUCCGACUAACAUCAGAAACGGUUGCAGUAGGAAGAGCUGCUGGAAAUACAUCGUCCACAAUGUAUUGCUGUUUUCAAGUCUGGUAGCUGUUACCUUGGGGAUUGCACUUGGCAUGCUUAUCAAGACCUUCCAUCUUUCAGAAGUUGACAAACUGUACAUCGGCUUUCCAGGAGAAUUACUCACGCGUAUGCUUCAGUUAAUGACUAUUCCUCUAAUUGUGACAAACUGUGUGAUGAUAGGAGUUUCUGGUCUGAGUGCUGACACCUCCAGAAAAAUAGUUGUGCGUGCAACAGUGUACUUUGUCUCAACGACUCUUCUAUCUGUGACUAUAGGAUUAAUACUGGUACUGCUGGUCAAACCUGGGGCACCUUAUGUUUUUCCCCAUCAUGAACCAGAAGAUGAAGAAAGGUUAUCCAUAAUCUUUGACUUGCUAGAUCUAGUGAGAAACAUGAUGCCAGAGAAUCUGAUUCAGGCUGGCUUCCAACAGUACAAGACUAGUGUUCUGGAGUUUGAAGAUCUUGAAGAUCUUGAUACAAAUUCUAGCCUGACAACGAAUGCCACUCAAACGCAAGUUGUGGGUCGCUAUGUCGAUGGAGCCAACACACUGGGCCUGAUUGUGUGCUCCUAUGUUUUUGGACUGACCCUCAAGAAGAUGGGAGAAAGAGGCAAAAUUCUGCUGAACAUCUUUAGGAUCCUCAACUUAACCACAAAAUAUGUGGUUAAGUUGAUUUUGUGGUACUUGCCAUUAGGAGUUCUGUUCAUGACCGCAAGCUAUGUUGUUGACGCUCAAAACUGGAAUACUAUCUUCAAACUAGGAAAGCUCAUGGCUGUGGUUGUUAUUGGGCUCCUAAUACAUGGAUUAAUAGUUCUACCAAUGCUCUGUCUUCUGGGUGCGAGACGCAACCCCUGGUUAGUCUUUAAGGUUUUGUUUCCUGCCUUAAAGACUGCAGCGGUCAUGGCGUCCAGCUCUGCCACACUGCCGCUUACUUUACAAUGCUGUGAGGAGAGAAACAUGUUUGACCCCAGGAUCGCUCGCUUCAUGCUGCCCAUUGGUGCUUAUGUCAACAUGGAUGGAACUGCCCUCUAUGAGGUGGUCGCAGCAGUUUUCAUUGCCCAACUCAAUCGUAUCCAUCUCGACUUGAGCCAGAUAAUCACCAUUGGAGUGACAUCAGCAGUCGCCAGCGUAUUAGCAGCAGGGAUCCCAGCGGCAGGAGCGGCAACCACCCUCUUUGUUUUGACUGCAGUUGGCUUACCUGCGACAGACGCUUCCAUCUUGGUGGUUGUAGAAUGGCUCUUAGACCGCUGCAACACUGUUGUUAAUGUUUUGGGAGACUGUGUUGGCGUGGCAAUGGUCAACCAACUGUCCUUAAAGGAACUGAGCGAAAUGGAGGAGGAACAAAAUCAGGGCAGGACAAGGUUGGCUAAUGAUGCUGGGGAUGAGGACUACCAUUUCAGCAGCUCUUUUAAGUCCCUCCAUACACCGGCAGAAAUGUCUUCACUCUAAGACUAUAUUAAAGCAAAAUAAACAGAAUAUAAUAAA